AUGUGUAAAUCAUCUGCAGAGGAUUCAGCAAUGGCCAGUGAUCAGCGAAUCUACUUCCUGAAGAAUCCCUUCUCCGCCUUCGACGCCCGGGAGUUCGCCUGUGGCUGGGGAGCCGCUUUUGUCAACAUCACGGCCACGUAUCCCAUCCACAAGAUCAUCUUUCGGCAGAUGCUGCAUGGCGUGAAGGCCAGCUCGGCCUUUGAGGAGCUGCGCCAUGAAGGAAUCUCCUUUCUUUACCGCGGAAUGUUCCCGCCACUCGCGCAAAAGACCAUCUCGCUGUCGCUGAUGUUUGGCGUGUACGAAGGCACGCGGAAGCCGCUCGUGGAGCACUUCAACGUGAACCCCUACAUGGCGAAGAUCGUGUCCGGCAUCAUCGCGGGCAUAGUGGAGACGGGCUUGAUGCCGUUCGAGAGAAUUCAAACGCUCUUGGCGGAUUCUACCUACCACAAUAACUUCAAGAACACACCUCAGGCAUUCAAAUAUGUUUAUUUAGGAUAUGGUUUUAAGGAACUCUACCGAGGUUUCCUUCCAAUCCUGUUCCGGAAUGGACCAUCAAACUCAAUGUUUUUUAUUCUCAGGGAAGAGGCAAACGUUAGGCUCCCUCAUCGGGACAAUACUUUAUAUCAAAGUAUACAAGAGUUCUUCGCGGGCGCCCUCAUUGGCGCGACCAUCAGUACGAUAUUCUACCCGCUGAACGUAGUGAAAGUGUACAUGCAGAGCACAAUUGGGGGUCCCUACGUGAAUUUUGUACCAGUGCUGAUUCAUAUUUACCGAGAGAGAGGCUGCAAAUUGCGCAAUGUUUAUAAAGGCAUGAGUAUUAAUUGCACAAGGGCGUUUUUUAGUUGGGGCAUCAUGAAUACAGCUUAUGAGCAAAUUAAGAAAAUUAUUUACUGAGAAUGAG